GUCUGAGAAAGAAAUGGCUUCAAUGAGAGCAUAUCAUUGUGCUUCUAGAAGGCACUGCUUAUGGUGGGUUGAGAAGCUUUUGAGAGAAUGUGUGUGUGGAAUGCGAGAUUAUGUGUCUGUUGUUCUGGGUCUCAUCAGUUUGUUCAGCUGGGGCAUUGCAGAAGUUCCUCAGAUUCUUACCAACUUGAAGAAUGGAUCCACAGAGGGUGUUUCACUUGGCUUUCUCAUGACUUGGGUUGUAGGGGACUUGUUUAAUCUUAUUGGAUGCUGGCUGGAGCCAGCAACUCUACCGACACAAUUUUACACUGCAUUGCUGUACACAAUUACCACCAUAGUUCUAGUUUGCCAGAUCAUAUACUAUGAUCAUAUCUACAAAUGGUGGAAACUAAAGAAGGCGAAAUGUCAGCUUAAGAUUCAACCUGAGCAAAUCUCGGAAUGCGACCAAAAUGGCCAUAUAAAAGCAGAGCAUGUGAAGAUUCCAGAGAGCACAUACCACUCAUUUGCAACGGUCAUGAAAAAUAGUGCAGAUUCUAAUAUUAUAUCCCUCAAUCCAGUGUCCAGUUUACCUAUACCUAAUGUUUCUCCUCGACAGAGACCCAUUAGUGGCAGUGACCUAUAUUUCAUGUCUGCAAGAUCUCUAGCAAGCAGUCAUACUCCUACAAGCGGUUCUUAUCUUGUACAUCAUAGCGGUCGAAGCUAUACGUUUGAUGAGUCAUCACUGGAAGAGGAAGGACUGCUCACUAAUCUUAUAUCUCCAAGUCCUAAGAAAUCUAAUACUAUUCUUCGCUCUAUAGCUUCAACAAUAUUCUUUCUUGGGGGACUGAACUACUUCAAUUUGCCUAUCUAUAACAACAUUAUCUCUCCUUUUUACUCUUCUCAAGCACCAAGGACGUCUGCUUUUAUAAUACCUGGACGGAAGCUUUUACAGGGAAGGGGUGGUGGUGCAUUCGGCUUAGUUGUACGAGAGGAAUCAUCAAGACAAUUAGGAACAUGGUUGGGGUGGCUUAUGGCUGCUAUCUAUAUGGGUGGAAGGCUUCCACAAAUAUGUUUAAAUAUUAAGAGAGGGACUGUUGAGGGCCUGAAUCCGCUUAUGUUCAUAUUUGCUCUAUUUGGAAAUGCGACCUACGUGGGAAGUAUACUUGUACGAACCCUGGAUUGGGAAAAGCUUAAGCCAAAUAUGCCAUGGCUGAUCGAUGCUGCAGUAUGUGUACUAUUGGAUUUCUUUAUUCUUGUCCAGUUCAUUUACUACAAAGUAAGAAGAACGGAUGCUGGUGGAGUUGAAAAAUGAGGGUUUUAUUAGUGCAAUCAAAUCAUCUCCAUUUCAUUCAAUAAAUGCAAAGGUUAGUGGUUUCAAAAGAUGAUUUGAUAAGAGAGGGACGUUUUGAAUUAUCAGCCGUCUAUAGCGUUCAUCCCUUCUAUGAGGAAUGUUCAUAUGUACUAUUUUCACAAUGGAUUGUACUAUUUUCAUGCAGGUUCAAGUUUAGUGUACUGCAUUGUGUUUAGUGUACUACAUUGUGCUUUAUUUAA